AAGAGAAGAGCGGUGCGAAUAGCGGAGGAAAAAAGCUGCAGUCUCGUCAUUGACUUUCUCGAACAAUCCAUUUCGAAAUGGGUUCGGAUCAGAAAGUGCAUGUCUUUGAGGAAGUCGCCCAGCACAACAAGACUAAGGAUUGCUGGCUAAUCAUCGAUGGAAAGGUUUAUGAUGUCACUCCGUUCAUGGAAGAUCAUCCAGGAGGCGAUGAGGUUUUGCUUUCAGCAACCGGGAAGGAUGCCACCAAUGAUUUUGAGGAUGUUGGCCACAGCGAUUCCGCUAGAGAAAUGAUGGACAAGUACUUGAUUGGGGUGAUAGACAAGUCGACAGUUCCAUUGAAGCGCACUUACAUCCCACCACCACAAGCUCCAUACAAUCCCGACAAGACCCCGGAAUUCGUGAUCAAGAUCUUGCAGUUCCUCGUACCCCUCUUGAUACUGGGAUUGGCGUUCGCUGUCCGACACUACACCAAGGAGAAGUAGUUUACUCUGAACCUC